AUGUUGUUUUAUUAUUUUUCAGAAAAUUUGAAAUUAUUCAAUAUUAUAAGUGAUUCUCGUCGAAGGAAGGAUUCAUCUUCACAACACGAUGAGCUAAAUUAUUUGAAUAAAGAAGUAUUCCCAAUUCUUCUUCAGUGCUUGUUGGAAGUUCUUGAAAAAACCAAAGCUUUUGACAGUUUUUACAGUCAACGGUUGACCUACAACGGAAUUGACUAUCUGUCUGAGCUGCUCUACAAUUGUAAUCCCAGACAUCCAUUACGAACCAAAAAGCGUCUCUUGAAAAUUCCUUUUGUUCAGAAAUGGCUUGUGAAACAUCCUUGGAAACAGUACGGCAGUGGGGUGGGCUGGUCCGUAGAAAUGGCGGCCAUUGUAAUUCAAGCUCACAUUCGGGGAUAUUUGGUGCGCUGUCGGGCUGAUAUCCAAGAAGUCAGAAAUUUCUGGAAGACGCUGAAACGUAACAAGGAAAUAUCUGAUAAUAGAAAUGGAAUUGGAGAAACACCUUAACUUUAUUUGCCGGCUUUUAUAGUUGCUCUAUUUUUUAAUGAACAUAUAUUGAAGUAAUAAAAAAGGAUGCGUUGUUUAA